AUGGCGGCGGCGGCAGCAGCGGCGGCCGCGAUGGCUCCUCCGGGCUGCCCGGGUUCGUGCCCCAACUUCGCCGUAGUCUGCUCCUUCUUGGAGCGCUACGGGCCGCUGCUCGACCUGCCUGAGUUGCCGUUUCCCGAGCUGGAGCGGGUGCUGCAGGCGCCGCCGCCGGACGUCGGCAGUGGAGAAGUACCGAAAGAAUUGGUGGAGCUCCAUUUGAAGUUGAUGAGGAAGAUUGGCAAAUCUGUUACAGCAGACAGAUGGGAAAAAUAUUUAAUCAAGAUAUGCCAAGAGUUUAAUAGCACCUGGGCAUGGGAGAUGGAGAAGAAGGGCUAUCUUGAAAUGAGUGUUGAAUGCAAACUAGCACUCCUAAAGUACCUCUGCGAGUGUCAGUUUGAUGACAAUCUCAAAUUCAAGAACAUUAUCAAUGAGGAGGAUGCUGAUACCAUGCGUCUCCAACCAAUUGGCCGAGACAAAGAUGGCCUCAUGUACUGGUACCAGUUGGAUCAAGAUCACAAUGUCAGAAUGUACAUAGAAGAACAGGAUGAUCAAGAUGGCUCUUCAUGGAAAUGCAUUGUCAGAAAUCGAAACGAGUUGGCUGAGACUCUUGCCCUCCUGAAAGCACAGAUUGAUCCUGUGCUACUGAAAAAUUCUAGCCAACAGGACAACUCUUCCCGGGGAAGUCCCAGCUUAGAGGAUGAGGAGACUAAAAAGGAGGAAGAAGCACCUAAACAAGAGGAACAGAAGGAAAAUGAAAAGAUGAAAAGUGAAGAGCAGCCAGUAGAUUUAGAAAACUGUUCUACACCCAGUGCUCUGGAAGAGGCUACUGUGAAAAUAGAAAAAGAAGAUGAAAAGGAACUUGUCAAACUGCCAGUCAUAGUCAAGGUAGAAAAACCUUUGCCAGAAAGUGAGGAAAAAAGGAUUAUCAAAGAAGAAAGUGAUUCCUUCAAGGAAAAUGUCAAACCCACUAAAGUUGAAGUAAAGGAAUUUAGGGCAGAUCCUAAAGAUAUCAAAGGUAGCAUGGAGAAGCUAGAGCCAGAGAGGCUGGAGUUUGGUGGCAAUGUUCGAUCUUCUCAAGAAAUCACUGAGAAGUCUACUGAAGAAACGGAGAAAAUUAAAAAUGAUCAGCAGGCGAAGAUACCACUAAAAAAACGAGAAAUUAAACUGAGUGAUGAUUUUGACAGUCCAAUCAAAGGACCUUUGUGUAAAUCAGUUACUCCAACAAAAGAGUUUUUGAAAGAUGAAAUAAAACAAGAGGAAGAGACUUGUAAAAGGAUCUCUACAAUCACUAUUUUGGGUCACGAAGGGAAACAACUGGUAAAUGGAGAAGUUAGUGAUGAAAAGGUAACUGCAAAUUUUAAGACAGAACAAAUGGAGACAAGGUUUUAUGAUACAAAAGAAGAUAGCUGUAGCCCCUCUAAAGACAGAAGUGUCAUCGUGGAGGGAAAUGGAGCAGAGUCCUUAAAUUCUGUCAUAACGAAUAUGAAAAUAGGUGAUCUUGAGAAGGAAGUGGUCCCUACAGGGAAAGAUGCAGAUAGUUCAGUAUCAGUCUUAGAGUCCCAAAAUCAAAAAGGGCAAUUAGAGGAGACUGGUACUCCAGAAAUGGAAAUCUCUCUUGAGACUUCUGAGAUGGCAAAGGAUCUCUCUUUGAAAACUGCUUUAUCUGCCACUGAACCUUGUACCCUGAAAGUUGACGAGAAGUCUCCCAAAAGUAAAAAGGAUAAGCGCACACCAGUCCUAGAAUGUCUUGAAAAGUUAGAGAAGUCCAAAAAGACUUUUCUUGAUAAGGACACACAAAGAUUGAGUCCAAUACCAGAGGAGGUUCCAAAGUAUACUCUAGAAUCAGUAAAGCUAGUCUCUCCUGAGGCAGCUGAAACCUCGGCAUCAUCUAACAUGACGGAUGACUGUGAGAAAUUAGCCUCAGAAAAGGAAGUGGUGGAAUGUCAGAGCACAAGUUCCACUGAAAGUCAGCCCCUAGAAAAAACAGACCCAGAAAUUCUACAAAAGGAUUCCGAAUCCACCAAGGUAGAAACAGAUCAUCUGGACAAUGCCCAGACCUCUGGCACAGAGGAUCAUUCUGAGACAAAGGGUUCUACGCAAAAAAGCAAAUUUAAAUAUAAGCUGGUUCCUGAAGAAGAAACCACUGCCUCAGAAAACACAGAGAUAACCUCUGAAAGGCAGAAAGAGGGCAUCAAAUUAACAAUUAGGAUAUCCAGUCGGAAGAAGAAGCCAGAUUCUCCUCCCCAAGUUCCAGAACUAGAAACGAAGCAAGAGAAGACAGAAAAGGAAGAAGAGAAAACAAAUGUAGGUCGUACUUUAAGGAGGUCUCCAAGAAUAUCUAGACCCACAGCAAAAGUGGCUGAGAUCAGAGAUCAGAAAGCUGAUAAAAAAAGAGGGGAAGGAGAAGAUGAAGUGGAUGAAGAGUCAGCAGCUUUGCAGAAAGCAGACAAAAAAGAAAAUCUGAAAAAAACGGAGAAGGAUACAAAUUCUAAAGUAAGCAAGGUAAAACCCAAAGGCAAAGUUCGAUGGACUGGUUCUCGAACACGUGGCAGGUGGAAAUAUUCCAGCAAUGAUGAAAGUGAAGGGUCGGACAGUGAAAAAUCAUCUGCAGCUUCAGAGGAAGAGGAAGAAAAGGAAAGUGAAGAAGCCAUCCUAGCAGAUGAUGAUGAACCAUGCAAAAAAUGUGGCCUUCCAAACCAUCCUGAGCUAAUUCUUCUGUGUGACUCUUGUGACAGUGGGUACCACACUGCCUGCCUUCGCCCUCCACUGAUGAUCAUCCCAGAUGGAGAGUGGUUCUGCCCCCCCUGCCAACACAAACUACUGUGUGAGAAAUUAGAAGAACAAUUGCAGGAUUUGGAUGUUGCCUUAAAGAAGAAGGAACGUGCUGAACGCAGGAAAGAACGUUUGGUGUACGUGGGUAUCAGUAUCGAAAACAUCAUUCCUCCACAAGAGCCAGAUUUUUCUGAAGAUCAUGAAGAAAAGAAAAAAGAUUCAAAAAAAUCCAAAGCAAACUUACUUGAAAGGAGGUCAACAAGAACACGGAAAUGUAUAAGUUAUAGAUUUGAUGAAUUUGAUGAAGCAAUCGAUGAAGCUAUAGAAGAUGAUAUCAAAGAAGCUGAUGGAGGAGGAGCCGGCCGAGGGAAAGAUAUCUCCACCAUCACAGGUCACCGUGGGAAAGACAUCUCUACUAUUUUGGAUGAAGAAAGAAAAGAAAAUAAACGACCCCAGAGGGCAGCUGCUACACGUCGGAAGAAACGCCGGCGACUGAAUGAUCUGGACAGUGAUAGCAACCUGGACGAAGAAGAGAGUGAGGAUGAAUUCAAGAUCAGCGACGGAUCUCAAGAUGAGUUUGUUGUAUCUGAUGAAAACCCAGAUGAAAGUGAAGAAGACCCACCAUCUAAUGAUGACAGUGACACUGAUUUCUGUAGCCGGAGACUGAGGCGACAUCCCUCCCGGCCAAUGAGGCAAAGCAGGCGUUUGCGGAGAAAGACCCCAAAGAAAAAGUACUCUGAUGAUGAUGAAGAGGAGGAGUCUGAGGAGAAUAGUAGAGACUCUGAAAGUGAUUUUAGCGAUGAUUUUAGUGAUGAUUUUGUAGAAACUCGGCGGAGGCGGUCAAGGAGGAACCAGAAAAGACAAAUUAACUACAAAGAAGAUUCCGAAAGUGAUGGUUCCCAGAAGAGUUUACGACGUGGGAAAGAAAUCAGACGAGUUCACAAGCGCAGGCUUUCUAGCUCAGAGAGUGAAGAGAGCUAUAUGUCCAAGAACUCUGAAGAUGAUGAGCUAGCUAAAGAAUCAAAGCGGUCAGUUCGAAAGCGGGGUCGAAGCACAGAUGAGUAUUCAGAAGCAGAUGAGGAAGAAGAAGGCAGACCAUCUCGAAAACGGCUACACCGGAUCGAGACAGACGAGGAGGAGAGUUGUGACAAUGCUCAUGGAGAUGCAGAUCAGCCUGCCCAUGACAGCCAGCCCAGGGUCCUGCCCUCAGAACAGGAGAGCACCAAGAAGCCCUAUCGGAUAGACAGCGAUGAGGAAGAGGACUUUGAAAAUGUAGGCAAGGUGGGGAGCCCUUUGGACUAUAGCUUAGUGGACUUGCCUUCCACCAAUGGACAGAGUCCUGGCAAAGCCAUUGAGAACUUGAUUGGCAAGCCAGCUGAGAAGCCUCAGACCCCCAAGGACAACAGCACAGCCAGUGCGAGCCUGGCCCCCAAUGGGACAAAUGGUGGGCAGGAGGCAGGGGCACCAGAAGAGGAGGAAGAUGAGCUUUUAAGAGUGACUGACCUUGUUGAUUAUGUCUGUAACAGUGAACAGUUAUAAGACUUUUUUUCCAUUUUUGUGCUAAUUUAUUCCACGGUAGCUCUCACACCAGCGGGCCAGUUAUUAAAAGCUGUUUUAUUUUUCCUAGAAAACUCCACUACAGAAUGACUUUUUAGAAGAAAAAUUUCAACAAACCCUGAAGUCUUUCUGUGAAGUGACCAGUUUUGAACUUUGAAGAUAAAUAAUUGCUGUAAAUUCCUUUUGAUUUUCUUUUUCCAAGUUCAUGGUCCUUGGCAAUUUCAUUCAUGGAAAAAAAUCUUAUUAUAAUAACAACAAAGAUUUGUAUAUUUUUGACUUUAUAUUUCCUGAGCUCUCCUGACUUUGUGCAAAAGGGUGGAUAAGAAUGCAUUCCGAAUCUGUGAGGGCCCAAAACAGAAUUAGGGGUGGGAGAAAGCACUUGUGCUUUAGCUUUUUCAUAUUAAAUAUAUAUUAUAUUUAAACAUUCAUGGCAUAGAUGAUGAUGAACAGACUGUUUAAAAGUUCCAGUCUGUAUUGUUGCAGUUUGAGAACUGUAGAUAACAUCAUACAUAAGUCAUUCAGUAACAGCAUUCAUAAUAUCAACUUGUUUACUAUUGGAGAUAACCACACUUAAUAAAGAAGAGAUGGAGAAAGCACCAUCAUUAAAAACUCUAACCUGAGUUUCUGUUAUAGCGGAGUUUCUUAUUUAAAAAAAAAAUCAUCUGAAGAACAUUUGUACAGUAAAAUGUAUAAUGAAGCUUUGACAACCAGAUUGUGCUAGCAGCAAAUUUUUCUAAGCAGCUUUAUGCAGUGGUGAUGAGGUGGCCUCUAAUAUCCUAUCAAUGAGAGUUAUUAGUGAAAUAAGUGUGGUCUUUCUUUAGGCCCAGGUGGACUGUAAACUUUGCAGAUAGUGUAACUCUUGUCUUCUGGCCACUUAAUAUUUAAAUAUCUGAAAUAUCCCAUUUUGAAAGAAAUACAUCUAUACAUAACAUACAUGAAGAGAUGCUAAGCUGACAGCAGUAUUUUAGCACAUUUGAUGACGGGGAAAGGAUUUUCAGGUGAAUUUUAACUGGUCUAUUCUUGCCCUUAGUAUCUACUUCAAAUUGAAGUCUACAAACAAAGCAGUUCCUUUGGGAGGUUUUUAGUUUGAGUUUUAGCAUGUAUGUGUGUGUAUACGUGUGUGUGUAUGUGUGUGCGUUGGAAUUUCCUAUCUGCCUGGAUAUAUUAGCAGGGUUUGAAUGUAGUUUUGGCCUUUGGCCAUUAGACUUCUAUUAAAAUUCAUUAAUAGUCACACGACCAACCUAGAGUUGAUUGAGAACCGCCAGUAUGCUUAAUGGGCAUGACAUCCAUUUCAAACAUCUCAACACUUCAGUGAAAGAUGAGCCCUUUGUUUCAAGAAAAAGGGGUUUAUAACUAAAUAUCUAACAUGUAAUUGACACUAAAAUAUGAACUUUGUCUUAUUUAGUUACUGUUACAGCUGUAAAAUUUCAGGCAGAGCCAUAAAUAACAUUGUAUAAAGUGUAGCACUUGUGAUUAAACCUUGCCUGUCAAAUUCUGAAACCUUCAGCCAUUACUUCUGUGAAUACUUUUGCCCUGGGAUUUGGGUUUUUCUGUUCCGGUGUUGUGUCUGUUGCCGGCAACGGACACACCAUAUCUGCUGCUGGCCCAAGGAACUUUGUUAAUUUUUCUUUCCAAAUUAAGCAUUAUAUGUGCUAGUCAGUGUAUAGUAAAGCACUUCUCUUUUUUAUGAUUAAAAAGCUGGCAUUAGACUUGCAUUAUAAAUACCUCUCUAGAAACUUUAUACUCCUUCUUUUCCUUCCUCAACGGGUGUUGCCCUUAAAUCUUAUCUUUUGGCCUUGAAAGUUUAUAGCUGUUGUUUUUCAUUUGUUGGUUCUUUUGUUUGUUUUGUUUUGUUUCACUUUAGUUGUGUAGUACCUGCCCAUUAAUAUUUUUGCUUUGAUUCUAGCAAUGUGUAUGUAUCUGUAUAAAAAAUAAAAUAAUGAAAGCAGCCUAAAAAUAGGAUGCACCAAUAGCAUGUGGUUCCAAGCAAGUUGUGAUUUUUAUUUUGAGACAAUGUUCCACUGGAAGGGAGGGAAGGGCUUACACUUACAGACAGUAGAGCAGGGUUACGUAAGGACCAUAUUCACGUACCAAGCCACCAUUCUAGCCAGAUUUGUUCAUUUGUUUGAAAGUCAGGUAAGAAUGUUAGCUAGCCUUUUUAACUGUCUUAACAGGCAGGCAACAGAAGGAUUCCUACUAGUGCAAGGUAAGUGUUUAGAACGUGCGGGCGGCCUCCCCUGCCCCCCGUUGUUC